CCGCCGAUCUUUUAGCUCCGUGCCGUUGAUCCGACCGGUUGUGUAUUUCAGUCGUCCGACAUCCAACCGAUCCGCAGUACACGCCGCGUGUUCCAUGUGAGUCGCAUAAUAUAAUUAAUCAUUUUUCGUUUGGUUACCGCGGACAUCGACGGCGCAUCGAACAUUUUUUGUAACUAUUUCGAUAAUUUUCGAUUUUUUCCCCCAGAUUUUUCCCAACCCUUCAUAUUUUUUUAUUCGAUAAUACAUCAGAUCCACGAAUACAUUAUACUCAUCAUUACUAGCACGGAUCACCGUCAAACACUUGCUGUUCGUAGUGUCGGACACUCGUAACAUGUGCUAGCACUUUUCAAUUUGUGAUUUUCGCGAAAAUGACAUCAACAAAUUGUUUACCAAACAUGGUUCAAGCUAUCACGGUUCUCACUGUUUUAAAAAUGUUAACAAACGCACAAACAACGUGCAACCAAGGCAUCGGCCGAAUCGUUUACGAAAGACUACCAGAUCAACAGUUACAAGGAUUCGACGAUGACGUAGUGCGUGACACAGCUCCACCAUUUCGGGUACUGGAAAAGUGCCAAGAGCUAUGCCUUCGUGACCGCACGGCCACCAACAACCUGGUAAGGACGUGCACUUCAUUCGACUUCCAGCCGGGUAGCAGGAUCGCGUCGUUCAGUGGCACUGUCGAGUACGAAGAGUCCACGUGCUAUUUAACCAGGGAACAGGCGCACCCCGAAGGCAUUGGCGUGCUGGUACUGGUGCCGAACAGUGUGCACUAUACCGAAGUCUGUCUGUCGUCUAGUAGAAUUGAAAGAGAAUGCCCGAAUAGACAUUAUGUUUUCGAAAGACACACCAGGAAGAAACUUAAGUUACCAUCUAGUGAAUACAAGGAAAUGAUUGCAGCCAAUCGGACAGAUUGCGAAGAUAAGUGUUUGAAUGAAUUUACGUUUGUUUGCCGAUCGGCUACUUACGACUCGGCCUCCAAGACAUGUUGGCUAAGCCGGUUCACCAGAAGAUCACAUCCGGAAUUGUUAGAAGAAGAUCCUAGUUCCGAUUAUUUAGAAAACACAUGUCUCAAUGUUGAAAGACGUUGUGAUGGACCAGUUAUUUUUGUAAAAGAAGAAAAUAAGCGGUUGGGUGGUCCUUUUGAAGUGGACAUAUUUGCCAACCUAUCGUUGAUCGAAUGUCAAGCACAAUGUUUACGAGCUGAAAAAUAUUUCUGUCGGUCAGUUGAGUAUGACGAGCAAAUUCGUCGGUGCAUUAUUUUUGAAGAGGAUUCGAUGUCACAGAAAGAUGACCUAAGAGUGAGCAGUAGUCCGACUCAUGAUCUAUAUGACCUAGUCUGUUUAGACAACCCCAAGGGCAACGAGUUUUCGGACAACACGUUGACGUCACACCUUUUUGCUGACGGACGAAGACCAGACACAGCAUUUCAACGGUACAGGAACAGUAGGCUCGGUGGCGAAUUUCAUUCUGAAAUCACUGGACGGUCGUUGAGUGAAUGUCUGGAUGAAUGUCUGCGACAAGUGAGCUUCCAAUGUCGGUCGGCUGUCUAUAGCGAACGUUUUAGAAUUUGUCGKCUCAGCCGUUUUAACCAGAGAGAUGGUCACCGUGUGAUAUACGAUGCAGAUUAUGAUUACUACGAAAACUUAAUGAACGGAGGUGCUACUUCACCACCAUUCACAAGACCUGAUCCUUUAGGACAAGGGUCGAAUUUCUUAGGCAGUGGUAAACCACCUUAUCCAACACCUGGGAAACCAAUAGGAGGUGGAUUUGGUGGUGUUUAUGGAGGAGGAUCGUAUCCUGGUUAUUCUAGUACUGCUGGAAGUGGAAUAGGUGGAGGAGGUAGUAGUGGAGGAGGAAGCUUAAGUUCAAGUAUUGGACCCUAUCCCAGUGAAGCUCCUGGAGGAUAUUGGGGACAUGUUGGAGGUCAUGGAGCAGACAUACCUCCUUUUUUGGGACAAGGAGCUGGAGGAAUAGGUGUUAAUAAUUACGGAUUUGGAUCAACACCAGCUGUUAUUGGAUCGUCAAUACCACCCUACACACCUUCGGCUUUACCAGGUGGACUACCACCCAUAGGAGGACCACCUCUUGGACCUCCUUUAGGUAUACCAUCUGUGCCAGGAUAUUAUGGUGGAGGUGUCGGUGGUAUUGGUGGAAUUGGUGGUAUUGGUGGAAAUGGAAUCGAUGCUAAUAGACCAUUCAAUAUAAGAUGCGACGAAUCUGAUGGAUUUAAACAGAUGGGUGUGCGAAUGCGAAUGGCAAGAGGACUGAUUAAGCGUUUCAUAACUGCACCUACAUUAUCACAUUGUGAACGUGAAUGCUCGAUGGUCAGAGACUUCAACUGUCGAUCAUUCAAUUACAGAACCGCACCAUAUGGGACUCAAAGAGAAAAUUGUGAGUUGAGUGAUCAGGAAACACGAUUUGUUGACAUGGGAAAUCCGGCAUUUUUCGAAAACGCACCAGAAUACGAUUUUUACGAAAAGUCUGCUAUGGGCAGUAGAAGCAGUCAAGAGUGUUUGGACGUGACCCAGGUGUGCAGUGAAGACGGAAUGGAAUUUACGUUGCGUACGCCGGAAGGAUUCUUAGGGCGAAUAUACACGCAUGGAUUUUACGACAGAUGUUUCUACAGGGGUAAUGGUGGAACCGCAAAUGUUUUACGGAUUAGUGGCGCUCAGGGAUAUCCAGAUUGUGGAACUCAACGGUAUGGAGACACGAUGACUAACAUAGUAGUGGUACAAUUCAGCGAUUACGUACAAACCAGCCGAGACAAGCGAUACAACCUGACAUGUUUAUUUCGAGGCCCAGGGGAAGCUGUCGUCACUUCGAGCUACAUGACCGCAAAUUCUGGAAGCCCGAUUCCUAUCGAAUACUUACCAGCGGAGAAUUCGCUGAGUUCGCGUGUGCGACUAAUGAUACUGUUCCAAGGCCGACCUACGCAAACUAUUGCCGUGGGAGACCCGUUGACAUUCCGACUAGAAGCUCAAGAUGGAUAUAACUACGCAAGUGACAUUUUUGCCACCAACGUCAUUGCUAGGGAUCCGUACAGUGGUAGAAGUGUGCAAUUGAUAGAUCGUUACGGAUGUCCCGUGGAUAACUUUGUAUUCCCCGGGCUAGAUAAGGCUCGGGAGGGUGAUGGGCUAGAAGCGAGAUUUAACGCUUUUAAAAUCCCAGAAUCGAAUUUCUUGGUGUUUGAAGCGACCGUCAGGACAUGUCGAGAUGGGUGUCAACCGGCGUAUUGUACAUUGCACGCCGGUAGAACGGAACCUUCGUUGGGCAGACGUCGUAGGGACGUAGGGGGUAUCGAUAAAAACGAAACGGCAGUUGAUAAACAAAAAGAAUCAGCAGAAACUACACCAGGUGAAGAAGAGAAAGUGCGGCAAGUUAUUGAGGUGUAUGAAAGUCGAUACGACAUGCCUAUGGAACAACUUCUGACAUCAGAACCAGCACCUCAGAGCGUCUGUUUGACCAGCAGGGAAUAUUACAGUAUGGUAUUCUCGCUGUUCAUGUUUUUGGUACUCUUGAUCACCGUAUCCAUGUCAGCUGGAAUAUACUAUAAGCGUUAUUGGCUGUUAGCGACUAAAAAUGAAUUGGCGAACAACAGUUGUCUGGGCAGCACGGCCAACUGUAGUAGUGGAUCAACAGGAAGGAUGUCGUUUUCGGGCCGUAGCUUCUUCUCGAAUAUGUCGUUUGGAAAACGCAAACCGUUCCUGAACAUUCGAGCUCCCGUAGAAUCGAUGGAAACGGGAUCGGCUAAUCCCACGGCAAUGGUUGUGGGAGGUGGAGGCAGUGGAGGCAGUGGCAAAGGAUUCGAAGACCCAAGUGAACCGAUUUACACAGAUCCGUCGCUAUUCGAGCGAUCCAGGAGCCUGCGCAGCAUCGCGUACUCGUCGGCCGGACAAAACGUGUUCAAAAAUGAAGCUUUCUGUCACUGAUGUCGAUUCCAUCCAUGAUCCAUCCGUCCAUCCAUAUGAUUUAUAUAGAUCUAUACCUACAAAUUAUUAUUAUGUAUUAUUUUUAUCCAAUACGUCCAAAAUAUCAGAUCGUCCACGUCACAAACGUUACCUGUAAAUGUGACGAAAUAAUAAUAUUAUCAURUACCUCCUAUUCGAGUUCCACCGAGCCCGUUAACGUAUACCUAAUAUGAUAUACCAAAUAUUAUUAUGAUCAUAGUAAUAUUAUGUUGUAUUAUCCUUCAUCUCCUAUCUAAUUGUAAUCGAAUGUAAUUUUAUUUUUGUGUGUUUUUAACUGUCGAUAUAUUACCUAUAUUAAUAUUAUUUAUUAACUUUUAGAAUUAAAACUUAAAACUGCACAAGCCAUUUUGCUAUGGCUCUAAGUUUACUCGCGCAAUUUUUAUUUUUAGAGUUAGAUUUUUUCUCGGUAGUAGGUAAGAAUAUAUAAUAAUACAUAAGUACACAGUUUGAAUUAAACUUACGCAUAUUUGUUUUCACGUUUUUUUUUAGUUAUCGUCUCUAUCGAAAUUGAAGCUUCCAUUGUAAUUGAAUACAUAAAGCCCAAUUUAAGUGGCACGCGUUAAAUAAUAUAAACUAUACUAUUAUAUAGACACAAUAUCGGAUUUAAGCGAUGCAGUCUUCGACGUCAUGCAUCCGUGUGAUCAUUUUAUAUUUACUUAUUUAAUAUUUUCCACAAUCAAUUAUUUUUCGUAACUAUUACUUUAGUUUUGUUAAGGUGGACACCUGGUGUCUCAGUCAAAAGCACAUCGUGAAUAUAAUGAAAAUGUAAUUAUUAUUUUUAUCGAAAAAAUACUUAUUUUUAAAUACGCAACAAUUUUAGAUAGGUUUUUUAGGUAACAUUUCAUUGGUUCAUCAAGUAAUUUUUUUAYUAUUAGAGCAAACAUAUUAUUUGAAUCACUAGAAAAAUUUUUAUGRCGCUUUACGCGUAUACUCGUAUAGGCAAUAUUAUUUGCUUCACUUGCAUUACACGACUGCUCUUCGCUGAGGUACUUGCUAUAGGUUUUUACUUAUUAUAUAUUGUUUUUUUUAUAUUAAUAUUAUCAUAAUACAUAACUAUUAUU